AAGAAAAAGGAAAAAAGGGGAAGAAGAAGCUGCUGGUUUCCUAAUCAUAGAGCACCGAAAUUUGAAGGAAACAGAAGAAAUGAGCAGUGAGGGAGAAAGGAACGAGGUGGAGCUGAGUGUGAAUUCUCGGAUUUGAGCCGCCGUGCCGGAGUCGAAACGCCGGGAUACCGAUUGAGAGGAGUUAGUUGGAGUUUGAUUCUUUCGGAGGACUGCAUCCGGAAGUUGUGAAGGUUCAUAAUCUCAGAUCUUCACAAUCGAUUGUUUCAGUUCUUGAUCGGAGAGAUAGAGAAUGUCGGUGCAGGAGUAUCUUGAUAAACACAUGCUCUCCCGGAGAAUCGAAGACGCAGUCAAUGCCGCCGUGCGAGCCAAAACUCCUGAUCCCGUCCUCUUCAUCUCUAAUCAUAUGAGAAAAGCCAUUCCUUCGGUGAUUACGAGGAUAAAGGCGCGGCAGAUCCUAGAUAGUAGAGGAAUUCCUACUGUUGAAGUAGAUUUGUACACUAACAAAGGAAUGUUUCGUGCUUCUGCUCCGAGCGGGGAUGGCACUGGAAUGUAUGAGGCGGUUGAUUUGCGAGAUGGAGACAAAGGAUCAUAUCUUGGAAAUUCAGUGACAAAAGCUAUUAAGAACAUCAAUGAGAAAAUUUCUGAGGCACUAAUUGGCAUGGAUCCAACACUUCAGUCUCAAAUUGAUCAGGCCAUGAUAGACUUGGACAAAACAGAAAAGAAAAGUGAACUUGGAGCAAAUGCCGUAUUGGCUGUGUCAAUUGCUGCAUGCAAAGCUGGAGCUGCUGAAAAGGAGGUUCCACUUUACAAACACAUUGCUGACCUUUAUGGUAAAUCCAACUUGACAAUUCCCGUCCCUGUCUUUUCUGUUAUCAACGGUGGAAAACAUGCUGGUAAUAGCUUGGCCUUUCAGGAUAUCAUGAUUCUCCCGACAGGGGCAAGUAGGUUUGAGGAGGCCUUACAAAUGGGUUCUGAGACCUAUCAUCACUUGAAGGCUGUUAUUACAGAAAGAUAUGGUGCUAGUGGAUGUAAUGUUGGAGAAUUCUUUCUUGCAUGGAUGUUGCUUGCUUAUAACAACUGGGCUUUGUUUUUCAUUCUUGUUGAUAAAGGUACUAAGUAUGAUCUAGAGUUUAAAUCUCCAAGUAGGUCUGGGCAAAAUUUCAAGUCAGGAGAAGAUAUGAUACAGAUGUACAAAGAACUAUGCAGUGAUUACCCCAUAGUGUUGAUUGAAGAUCCAUUUGAUAAGGAAGACUGGGAACAUAACAAGUGCUUUUGUGCUCUUGGACUUUGUCAGGUGGUUGGGGAUGACUUGUUGAAUUCAAAUUUAAAAAGAAUUGAAAAAGCAAUUCAGGAAUCUGCUUGCAAUUCUCUUAUUCUGAAGAUAAAUCAGAUUGGAACUGUGACGGAGGCUAUUGAAGUGGUGAAACUGGCAAAGGAUGCUCACUGGGGAGUGGUGGCAUCACAUCAAUGGGGGGAAACUGAAGAUUCCUUUAUAGCCGAUUUGGCUGUUGGCCUUGGUGCAAGUCAGAUCAAGGCUGGUGCUCCUUGUAGAGGGGAGCGGCUGGCAAAAUACAACCAGUUGCUUCGAAUAGAAGAAGAGUUUGGGGACCAAGCAAUUUAUGCCGGUGAAGACUGGAGGCCUUCAUCUUGAUCAUUAGCAUCAAGUCUUAUUCUCCAUUGUAUUCAACUUGGGACACUGGUUCAUAGUUCUGUAUUUUCUGCAGUGUUUUCUGUUCUGUGUUUUGGGUGAUGCUACCUAGACUUGAACCUUUGCUAAUUGGAAGUAAACAAGUAUAACUUGUGCUUCCAACUACAAUAGUCAUAGUGAGUUUUGGUAAGAAUUGAGCCUGUUGACCAAAUUAAAUUGUCAAUUCAAAG